UUGAAAGCGACGAGAUAAUACGACCAAAAGGGGGCGUGCCUCAGUGAAAUGCCGCAAGAAAGCUGGGAGAUUUGCGACUUUACUACUUCGUAAAUCCAAAUGGAUAGCAGCAUCAGUACACCAACGGAGAAGUACUGCAAGAAGAGUACUGUUUAUUCAACAGCCUGCUGGAACAAAGGGGACAUUGGUUGUUAGGGGCAGGGAACAAAGUCACACUACACUGUGUGUAAAGAUUUGGUUGGGAAACUCUGUUCUGGACUAAUCUAUCAAUCAAUUAUCUUCAGCUUAAUUGAGAGAAAAAAAGGUUGUUAGUAGCAGCACCAACAAAUAGUGCACCGAUACCAUUUUGAUGCUUGUAUGUCACUUAAACGCAGCCUUCUCUCUCCCGACACUCACUAUCGCUAUUGGCCUGCUCCAGACUAAUGAGAGCGGGCCAAUAGCCACUCUUAACCGUCUUUUUCAUGCGGCGGGAAAACAAACCAGGAGAAGAAAAUGUCUGCAGUGUGGAAUUAUUUCAUUAUAGAAACGCCGGCGAGUACAUUGGCUAAAUGCAAGAUUUGCGACCUGAAAGUUUCGAGAGGUGGAGUUAAACGGGGCAGUUUCAAUACCUCGAACCUGAUAAAACAUUUGAAGUCGAAACAUGUGAACAAACACAAAGAGUUCGAGACUGAGGCAACUGCAGCUAGCAAGAGAAAGCGGGAUGGACCGCAGCAACGAUCCCUGGUCAGUUCACUUCGUGCGAUAGAGCAGUGGGACGAGAAGAGUGAAGCAGCAAGACAGAUGUCCGAGAAAAUAACCGAGAUGACUGUUCUCUGUAACCUGCCCCUCUCCUUCGUUGAAAGCGUGGGCUUCCGGCUUUUUAUGGCUCACGCAGUACCUAAGUAUAAGGUCCCAAGUCUCAAAUACAUCACGGGGACGACUAUCCCUGCACUAAAACAUAAAGUAACGGAGCAUGUUUUAGGAAAGCUAGGGGAGGCAGGGACCAUAAGCUUUUCAACUGACAUCUGGAGCAGCCAAGUCUCCCCACUUUCCCUGCUUAGCUUGACAGCCCACUGGGUAAACUUGGAAACAUUCACUCCAGAAAGCGUCAUACUUCAUGCGAAUAAAUUCAAGGGAUCACACACGGGCGAAGCUAUUGCAGGAGCAAUAGAGCACAUGCUGCUCAACUGGAGCAUCCCGAAGUCAAAGGUAACGUAACUUUUCUAGUCUAGACUUUGAAAGAAAUGCGGCAGUAAUUUGCGGCAGUAAUUUGAGCCGUAAAGGGGGGUGUGUGUGUGUGUGUGUGUGUGUGUGUGUGUGUGUGUGUGUGUGUGUGUGUGUGUGUGUGUGUGUGUGUGUGUGUGUGGGUGUGUCUGUGUGGGUGUGUCUGUGUGGGUGUGGGUGUGUGUGUGUCGUGCUCUGCUCUCUAUUGCGACUUGUCUAUUUAAGCAAUAUAGCACUCGUGGGAGUGGGGUAGGUAAGGCAUUAUCCCUUACCUACCCCACUCCCACGAGUGCUAUAUUGCUUUUAUAAAACAAUUCUACCGUCAACAAAUUAACAUUUCAACACGAAGCUUUGGUUAAUUUUUAUUAUUAUAAUUACAUUAUUAUUAAUAAUAUUAUUCUUAUUAUUAUUAUUAUUAUUAAAGGUCCAUGCCAUUCUUCGGGACAAUGCAAGCAAUAUGAAGAAGGCAAUGAGGGACCUGGGAGUCUCCAGCCUGGGAUGUUUCUCGCACACGAUUCAACUCGUGGUGCACGAUGGACUGCUGUCCCAGCGAAGUGUGAGCGAUGCGCUGGCCAGUGGGAGAAAAAUAAUUGGGCACUUCAAACAUUCCCCAUUGGCCACAUCAAGACUUGAAACUGUCCAGACGGGACUGGGAAUGCCAGUCAAACGUCUGAUCCAAGAUGUUCCCACCCGCUGGAACAGCACCUUUUAUAUGACUGCGAGCCUGCUGGAGCAAAAGAGUGCCAUCUCACUCUAUGCUGCAGACCACCAGCUCCCAGCAACACUGACAGCAAGUGACUGGACCUUGCUGGAGAAAAUCAACACUCUUCUGGCUCCAUUUGAAGAGAUCACAAAACAGAUCAGCUUCGCCACCUCCACCACCUCAGAGGUCAUCCCCUCAGUCAUCGUCCUGAAGCGUCUGUUGGCCAAACAGACCACAGAGGACGGCGGGAUAAAAACAAUGAAGGCGACACUUCUAGCAGCUAUGGGCACAAGAUUCCAGACCGUUGAGGCGGAGCCCUUGUACUCUGUUUCAACCAUAUUGGACCCACGUUACAAAGACAGAUACUUCACAAGUGCAGAGAGCAGCAAGCUUGCAAGAAGUGCACUGACCCAAGAGGUGGAGAAAAAUGAGGAGUCAUCACUGCAGACAACCACCACCGAGGCAGCAGACCCAGCCAAUAAGACCCCACGGAUGACAGCAGAGCCCAACACAAGCAGCUGCUUUAAGUUUUUUGUACGAGGAAUUCCUGCAAGAGCAUGCUGCUGAACAAGGUGGGGCCAGCAGCACAGUUACACAGGUGCAGAUAGAGACAUAUCUGGCUGAGAAAACAAUCCACCGCACAGAGAGCCCAUUCGAGUACUGGGGAAAGAAUAAAGAACGGUUCCCCUCCCUGGCUACUACAGCUGCAAAGUUUCUCUCCGCUCCCUCCACCAGCGUAGAUAGUGAGAGGCUUUUCAGCACAGCUUCUAACAUACUUGAUGAGAAGAGGAAUAGGCUGUCAGGAGAUCAUGUAGAAACACUAAUCUUCCUCAAGAAAAAUCUGCCAAUGUACCUGAGCUUGAACCCCAAAGACUUGAAUCCUCAAAUGUAAACAAGAGUAAACACUACUAGGUGUUGUGUGACAGAUCUGUCACUGAUUAAUGCUAUUUGUUCUUACCUCAGAUACGUUAAAUUAAUGCAGCUAUCUGUCAAAUGUACCUCAUAUGUAUAUUAUUUCUUUUUUUAAUACAAUUUAACAUUCUACUUCUUACUGUUGCACUAGUUUUAUACACUAGUAUUAUGUUAUAAUUUCAUGAAAGUUGCACUAUUUUGGCAUUUGAGAGCCAAAACUCAGGGUUUUUAAGAGUUUGUAAUGUAUUUUUAAUGUAAUGUAAUUUUAAUGUAUUUGACUUUCUUACUGUUGCACUGUUGCACUGUUCACUUCUAUUAUACAUGUUCUAAUUUCAUGAAUGUUGCACUAUGUUGGCCUUUGAGAGCCAAAAGUUUAUUCAGCUAUUGUUGUCACCCAUACCAGGUAGGCAAUAAAAAGUUCUACUGGA